AAUACUAUCAAGAAAAAAAAAAAUCAAUAUUUUUUUCCGGCGAAAAUGGUCACCGCCUAUGAGAUCCGCCGGACACAACGAGCGGUGGGGCCCGCCACCGUGUUGGCCAUCGGAACAGCCAACCCUUCCAAUUGCUACGAUCAAAGUACCUAUGCUGACUACUUUUUUCGGGUCACUAAUAGUGAGCAUAAAAUUGAGCUUAUGGAAAAGUUUAAGCGCAUGUGUGACAGAUCAAUGAUUAAAAAGAGGUACUUCCAUUUAACAGAAGAAAUCUUGAAAAAAAAUCCUACUAUUUGUGAAUACAAAGCUCCAUCUUUUAAUAUUAGGCAAGAAAUUGCGAUUGUUGAAGUGCCAAAACUUGGGAUGGAGGCAGCCCAAAAGGCCAUCAAUGAAUGGGGUCAGUCCAAGUCCAAAAUCACCCAUUUGGUGUUUUGCACGACUAGUGGUGUGGAUAUUCCGGGGGCGGACUACCAACUCACUAAGCUUCUUGGACUUGAGCCAUCAGUUAAACGAUCCAUGAUGUACCAACAAGGUUGCUUUGGUGGUGGCACUGCUCUCCGAUUAGCUAAGGACUUAGCUGAGAAUAACAAAAGUGCCCGGGUUCUUAUUGUGUGCUCAGAGUUAAUCAAUUUGUUUUGCUUUCAUAGUCCAAAUGAAAUCGAAUCUGAAGUUUUGGUUGGACAAGCCCUCUUUAGUGAUGGGGCAUCAUCUGUUAUUGUUGGUUCAGAUCCAAUUAAGAAUGUGGAAAGGCCUUUGUUUGAGCUUGUAUUUGCAACUCAAACUCUUCUACCAAAUAGUGGACAUGCUAUUACUGGAGACCUAAAUGAGGCUGGGCUAAUAGCCCAAAUACAUAAGGAUACUCCAAUGUUAAUAUCAGAAAACAUUGGAACAAUCUUAGUGGAAGCAUUCGUGCCUCUUGGCAUUUCUGACUGGAACUCAAUUUUUUGGGUAUCUCAUGCAGGUGGACGCGCAAUUUUGGAUCAAAUUGAAUUAAAGUUGGGUCUAAAUCAUGAUAAACUAAAGGCUACAAGGAAUGUCAUGCGCGACUAUGGGAACAUGGGUAGUGCUUGUGUUCUGUUUGUUUUGGACGAGAUGAGGAAAGCCUCUAUCAGGGGAGGAUUGGGUACUACCGGUGAAGGCCUUGAAUGGGGCGCGCUUUUUGGUUUUGGCCCUGGCCUAACUAUUGAGACAAUCGUCCUCCACAGUGUUUCUCUUUAGAUUAGAGAAAUGCAUCAUUAAUGUUGUCAUUGUAUUUAUUGGUAAUGAACUACUAUUGUAUUCUUGGCGAUUAAUAAUGAAAUACAUUUCGUUUUUUUAAAAAAAUAAAAUAAAAUUAUUGACCCAAUGUGGCCACUUCAAAUUUGAUUU